UCUCCUGAGUGUUAGCUUGCUAGGCUGGCUAAGACAGCAGCGUGUGAGUCACAGUGUGUACUCCGUUAAGCACAUGAAUGUCUGUUUCAUUUUUUAUUUCUAUAUUUAAAGGCAAUAGGUGACACUCGACCAAGGACCAGUUCUAUCCACCGGUGAGAACGGAUUUGAGGCCAGGAGGUUGCAGCCAAGUGGAUUUUUGUCUUUUUCUUUUUCUCUGUUCCAGACUCCAGAAUGAUAGCAGCGCAGCUCUUGGCCUAUUACUUCACUGAGCUGAAGGAUGAUCAGGUCAAAAAGAUUGAUAAGUACCUGUACUCCAUGAGAUUCUCGGAUGAAACCCUCUUGGAUAUCAUGUCCCGCUUCAGGAGGGAACUAGAGAAUGGACUGGGCCGUGACACCAAUCCCACAGCAACUGUGAAGAUGUUGCCCACCUUUGUGAGAUCAAUUCCUGACGGAUCAGAAAAGGGUGAUUUCAUAGCACUGGACCUUGGGGGGUCCAACUUCCGCAUCCUACGUGUGAAGGUGUCCCAUGAGAAGAGGCAGACAGUCCAGAUGGAAAGCCAGGUCUAUGAGACUCCAGAGGACAUCAUUCAUGGCAGUGGCACACGGCUAUUCGACCAUGUUGCAGAAUGUCUAGGGGACUUCAUGGAGAAGCAAAACAUCAAGGACAAAAAGCUCCCUGUGGGAUUCACCUUCUCCUUCCCAUGUGCUCAGAGCAAACUAGAUGAGGCAAUUCUUCUGACGUGGACAAAACGGUUCAAAGCCAGUGGUGUGGAGGGGAUGGAUGUCGUUAAGCUAUUGAACAAGGCCAUCAAGAAGCGAGGGGACUAUGAUGCUGACAUCAUGGCAGUGGUCAAUGACACAGUAGGAACCAUGAUGACCUGUGGGUUUGAUGACCAGCGCUGUGAAGUUGGCAUCAUUAUAGGUACAGGCACCAACGCAUGCUACAUGGAGGAACUGAGGCACAUGGACUUGGUGGAGGGGGAUGAGGGCAGGAUGUGCAUCAACACUGAAUGGGGGGCCUUUGGAGAUGAUGGCUCUCUGGAGGACAUCCGUACUGAGUUUGACAGAGAGAUUGACCGAGGCUCCAUAAACCCUGGGAAACAGCUGUUUGAGAAGAUGGCCAGUGGGAUGUACAUGGGAGAGCUUGUUCGACUCAUUCUGGUCAAAAUGGCCAAGGAGGGGUUGUUGUUUGAGGGGAGGAUCACACCUGAGCUUCUUACAAAAGGGAAGAUUGAAACAAAACAUGUUUCAGCCAUAGAAAAGAGCAAGGAAGGAUUGUCCAAGGCCAAAGACAUCUUGACCCGCCUGGGUGUGGAGCCAUCUCCGGAAGACUGCAUUGCUGUGCAACACGUCUGCACCAUUGUCUCUUUCCGUUCUGCUAACCUUAUCGCCGCCACAUUGGGGGGCAUUCUCACAAGACUGAAGGACAACAAAGGUGUUCCACGCUUACGCACUACUGUGGGAAUUGAUGGCUCUCUUUAUAAGAUGCACCCACAGUAUGCACGGCGUCUCCACAAGACAGUGAGGCGCUUGGUGCCUGAGUCUGAUGUGCGCUUCCUACUGUCGGAGAGUGGGAGUGGCAAGGGUGCUGCCAUGGUGACAGCAGUGGCCUACCGGCUGGCUGAUCAGAGUCGACAGAUUGUUGAGACCAUGGCUGAGUUCCGGCUCAGCAAAGACCAGCUGCUGCAGGUCAAAAAGAGGAUGAGGACUGAGAUUGAGAAUGGCCUGGGGAAGAAGACCCAUGAUACAGCCACUGUCAAGAUGCUGCCCACCUUUGUACGCAGCACACCUGAUGGAUCAGAAAAUGGUGACUUCCUGGCAUUGGAUCUUGGAGGUACAAACUUCAGGGUCCUGUUGGUGAAGAUCCGCAGUGGCAAGAGGCGAACUGUGGAGAUGCAUAACAAAAUCUAUGCCAUUCCUGUAGAGGUCAUGCAGGGGACUGGAGAGGAGCUCUUUGAUCACAUUGUGUACUGCAUCUCUGACUUCCUGGACUACAUGGGAAUGAAGAAUGCCCGCUUGCCCCUGGGUUUCACCUUCUCUUUCCCCUGCAAACAGACCAGCCUUGACGCAGGCAUCCUUGUGACCUGGACAAAAGGCUUCAAGGCCACUGACUGUGAGGGUGAGGAUGUGGUGGAACUUCUGCGGGAGGGUAUCAAAAGGAAAGAGGAGUUUGACCUGGAUGUAGUGGCAGUGGUGAAUGACACAGUGGGAACAAUGAUGACCUGUGCGUAUGAAGAGCCUACCUGCGAGAUUGGGCUGAUUGCCGGAACGGGAAGCAAUGCAUGUUACAUGGAGGAAAUGAGGAACAUUGAGACAGUGGAGGGAGACCAGGGUCGCAUGUGUGUCAACAUGGAGUGGGGGGCCUUUGGGGAUAAUGGCUGUUUGGAUGACAUAAGAACACAGUAUGACAGAGCUGUUGAUGAGAAUUCACUCAACGAAGGCAAACAGAGGUAUGAAAAGAUGUGCAGUGGGAUGUACCUGGGUGAGAUUGUGCGGAACAUCCUUAUUGACCUGACAAAGCGCGGAUUCCUCUUCAGGGGUCAGAUUUCUGAGACCCUGAAGACCCGGGGCAUCUUUGAGACUAAGUUCCUCUCGCAGAUUGAGAGUGAUCGCUUGGCACUGCUGCAAGUGAGGGCCAUCCUACAGCAGCUGGGGUUGGACAGCACGUGCGAUGACAGUAUCAUUGUGAAGGAGGUCUGUGGCACUGUUUCUCGUCGGGCAGCCCAGAUUUGCGGUGCUGGCAUGGCUGCCGUUGUGGACAAGAUCCGUGAAAACCGAGGGCUAGACCACCUGGACAUCACUGUAGGGGUUGACGGUACACUCUACAAACUCCACCCCCAUUUCUCCAGAAUCAUGCACCAGACUGUGAAGGAGCUGGCACCUAAAUGUGAUGUCACUUUCCUGCUGUCGGAGGAUGGGAGCGGCAAAGGAGCAGCCCUCAUUACGGCGGUGGGCUGCCGCCAGCGUGAGCAGGAUCAGCAGCAGAACUAAACCUACCAUCUUCCCAAUACUCAUCCCACAUGCACCUCACUGUCACCUAUGAGGGUAUUACUCUCCUGCCGCAGCCGUGACUCCACCAUUUCGACCCCCAGUGACUCCCAGGGGCACCAGUUUGCACUCUGGCCAACUUUUGACUUUUAAUGGAAGGUCACAGAAAAAUUAAUCUCACAUAACAUAUAGCUUUAGGAGUUUUCCACAGUUUCCUAGCAUUUAUUGUACCAGCCAAAUCCUGUUUAAAGUAUACAUUCUACAACGUAUAUUCUGCCUCAGUUUUAAUUAAGCAUUUUCGGGAAACGACUGGAAGAUAUCUCCGUUUAAAUAUUUCAGAAACUAUUGACCAUGUAUUAUUAUUUAUUUUAUUUUUCUAUAGAGGGAUAUAACAUAGUUAAAGUAAGAGGCAAGUGAAUAAAAUGAGAUUUAGUGCUGAACUAAAAUUUUAAGUGAAUGAUUGCAAUAAGGCAUCCAUCCAGCAGAGGUGUUAGAUUUAAUGUUUUUUUAUUUUUUGUUAGGCAUAUUUGAAAAAGGUCAAAUUCAAGAGUCACGGCCGCAUUCCUGUGUAAUUCUCUCACCCUUUAUUUUGUACUUUGAGCUCUCCUUAGGUGUGUACCCUUGAGCCGAUCAAAACUUCUUGCCUUCACCAAACCACUUUCCUGAAAAUAAUCAGUGCUUCAAGGGCUUAAGAGACCGAUUAAUGAGCCCAGUUAUAGUAUAAUGUGUUGAUUUUGUGAGGUAUUGUAGGUGUUGUGUUGAAUCCCUAAUGUACGCAAUGUACAAAUGGAAAAUAUGCAUGUUGGACCACAAGGGAGUAUUUUUUUCACUAUGAUUCACGUGCACUGUGAUUGAAUGUUUGUGAGUCCUUCUGUAAAACAACCUGUAGGUUUCUAUGUUUGACACCAUGUUAAUGAAUGCAUGCCUGACUUUGUCACACAAAUGUAGACAAUUAAUUUAUUUUAUUUUGUACAUCGAUAUAGAAGCACUCGUGUUCAAGAAAGUGAUAUAACACAAUACAUUAAAAUUUAUUUUGAUGUGCAGUGA